AUGCAGGAGAAGAUGGAGUUUGUUCACAAGAAUGAUACAUGGGUGCUUGUUGAGCUUCCAAAGGGAAGAAGAUAUGCUAUAGAUGAGUUGAAGGCACAACUUUCAAAGGAGUUUGAGAUAAAAGAUUUGGGUGAGGAAGAGACCACGAAAAUUUCCUCACCACUAAAAAUACCCCAAGUGCCCUGCUUGGAGUUGCCUGUGAAGGAGAAACCUCCUGAGGCCAUAACUCAUGGAUCAGUGUCUGAGUAUACGACUGCUUUGGAAAAAAGAUUUGUAUUGGUUGAUCGGACAGAUUCAAAGGAAGAAGAGAGUGUUGAUUAUGACACUGACACUUAUAUCACCGACGAUGAAGAAUUGGGUCAUGGAAUUGAUACUGGCAGAUCUUCUCACUUCUUAGAUAUUGAACCCGAACCGAAAGUCAUUACAACUACGACUUCUAUGCCUUCUCCCAUUGUUGAACCUGCUAGGGAUUUGACAACUUUUUAUUUCCUUGAGGAAGCUGGACUAAGAGCUGAGGCCAAACCUAAACCUAAAGUUGAAUAG